AUGAACAAUGAUACUGAAAUGCAAUUAUGCAACCAAAUUUGUGGAGAUACGAAUGCACAAGUACAUUAUGGAUCAUUGUGUUGUAGUUCAUGCGCAGCGUUCUUUCGACGAAAUAGUCGAGUGAAUUUUAAAGGACGCAAAUGUGUAUUUGGUACUAAAUGUGAUAUAACAACUACCACUCGACAAAUAUGUCGAUUUUGUAGACUUGAGCGUUGUUUUGCUAUUGGAAUGCAAGAAAAAAUCAAACAUAUUUCUCGCUCUCAAACCUCUCUAAUGAAAAUAGAAGGUCGGUCAAUUAAUGAACAAAAUAAUUCAAUUGAUGCACUAGAUUGGAAUACAAGUAAUCCAUCUUCACUUUAUAUUCAUCUACCAUUUUUACUUGUUAAUGAUCGAUCUUCAUUAAGUACUGAUGAAUGGUCAACUUUAUCAAAUGUUAUAAAUAUAUUUGAUUCUCGAAGUCCAAUUCCUGUUAUUCGUAAUGUCGUAGAUGCUAUAUCUAACUAUCCAGUAAAAAUACGAAUCAAAAGCGCUGCGGCUAAUAUUAAACAAGUCAUGGAACUAAUGUAUGGAGCCGUAGUGCCUCUUGUAGACAAUAUACUAGAUUUUCGUCAAAUGUCCUCACACGAUCAAAGUGCACUAUUGGAAAGAAAUGUUCCAAAUACAAGUAUUCUCAUUGGAACACUUAUAUUUCGAGAUGCAGGUGUUUAUUCAAGUCCAUUAUUCAAUAUAGAUUUUCCUUCUCUGUAUGGACCUAUUGUUGCGGAAAGGGCGACAAAAACUAAACAAUUAAUAGAUACAGAUGGAACAUUACUUAAAUUAAUUGGAAUAGUACUUAUGUUUUCAACAAAUACAACUAUCAUCACUGAACAUAAUAUCAGUAAUAAUGAUUCUAUGCAAAAAUUUCGAUCGUUUUCAAAUUCAAAUUAUUUAUUACACAUUCAAAAUAUAUAUGUUGAUAUAUUGUUUAAAUAUAUGAUCUAUCGAUAUGGUUAUAUGGAAGCAGUUUUACGUUUUGCUGCUCUUAUUAGAGUUUUUAUCUUUGCUAGUACAACACAAUACUAUGCAAGUCAGGAAUUAGCAACACAUGAUGAAUUGAUGGAUAGUUUGAUAAAAAAUACAGAACAAUUAGUUAUUACACAAAAUUAA